AUGGCGAGUCGCAAGCGCAAUGCCACAUUAGAAGAAUUCAUAGAAAUUUAUAAGUCGGAAUCUUGUCUUCGGCGCGUAAAGUGCAAAGAAUAUCACGACAGAGACAAACGAUCGACAGCAUACGAAAAAUUGAUAACUAAGCUCAAGGAAUCGGAGCCAACUGCUACAAAAGAUGAUGUGAUUAAAAAAAUUACUACGUUACGCAGUAACGUUAGACGAGAGAAAAAAUACGAUGAAUCUGUGAAGUCUGGAGCAUCAUCUGAUGACAUUUUUUUUUAUUUUUUUUUUAUAAACCAACACUAUGGUACUUUGAAUUAUUCGAUUUUAUUGGAGAUCAAGAUGUUCCUCGCAGCUCGCGAUCUAACAUUUCGGACAUUGACGAGAAUGAUUCGAAUUGAAAUAAAUUAG